CGUUCAUCCAACGUACUUGUCGCAGCUGCAUCGACGACGACGACGACGACGCGUAGAAGUAGCACUGACGGCAUGCAACAGAAUCACCACCAAGAUGCCCCUGCUGUGAAUGCACAGCUCCUUCGAGACAUGAUGGACUGUGUGGAUACGUCCAGCUUCCCCAUGGAAAGGAAGCAGUCGUGGAUGACCCUUCGCUCGCUAGUCUCCGGCAACGAUGCCAACUUGACGAACGAACUGAACCGAGGCCAGAGCUUGGAGACGAUGCUUCAACUUAGCGGGUACAACGCCGCAACAUCAGGGUCAGGCCAAACGAACAGCGCCAUGAAGCCCGAGGGUCAUUCGAACGCGGCGGCAGCGCCGUCGUACUCGAGGUUUAACGCCAGGGACAGCGCCGAGAAACUGAAGCGGCUGUUGAGCUCGGGAAGUUUUUCGACGAUGCAGAAGAAAGCGAGCGUGAGUGCGUUGUUGGGGCUGCUGGAAACGCAGCAGGGAGGCGGUGCCAUCAGCCGCGCCGACGCCAACGAACUGUUGCGCAAUUUGGGCUCCGACUACACGGAGGACGAGCUCAAGCAGCUGAGCGGGCAAAACAUGUUUCGAUCGUUCAUCCAUACGCCUGGUCAGACCAUGGAUCGAAAGAAGAGCUUCGACGUGAUCCAGGGCAUCUUGAACUCGUGCUCGAACUCUGCCAUCCACAAACCCAUGACAUCCCAGGACAGCUUUCGGUUCCAGAACCUCGCCAACUGUUUAGACACGAUCGAGGGGGCCGUUGCCAAAUACGAGGAGGACGGCGGUGAUGAGGACGAGCACGUCGUGGCGGUGGACGACAACCUGGACAACCUGCUCGACGACCCGUCGCCUGCGCCGCCCGCCGCGUCGGUGUCCAAUUCGUCGCAUCCACCAAACAAUGCUGGUCCUGCGACGCAGUACACACGAAACGCUGCAGUCAGCCAGGUGCAAGCCACUUCGUCAGCUUCGUACGGUGGUGCAGCCACUCGAGCGCCACAGCAGCAUACAGCAGCUGGAGGGGGACCCAGUCAGUACGGCUAUCACCACCCGAAUCAACACUUGGACGCCACGGGUCUGCCAUCGUCUUUGAAUAUGCAGCAACAACCGCAACAUGGGCACGUUCGACGAGACAUUGGAGCGUCGUACGACCAGCAGCAAGUGUUUCAGCAUCACCAGCAGCAGCACCACCACCACCACCAGCAGCAACAUAAUGCGCAUCAACAGGCGGCCACAACCAACCUCUACGGCGGCAAUCCAGACUUGACGUACGGUCGAAACAGUACCCUACCACCACCCCAUAUGAUGGCAGCCAACUCGAACCACCAUUACAUGUACAACAAUUACGCCGCUCCCCACCACCAUCAGCAGCAGCAGCAGCAGCAGCACCUCCAACAUCUGCACCACCAGCAACAACAACACCAGCACCAGCAGCACAAUCACCAGCUCUUACAGCAACAAAGUCACCAAGCCUCCCAACCGGGUCAGCAACAGCAGUCCAACUACGCCACACACACGAUGUACCAACAGCCCCAAGCCCCCGCCCCACCGGUCUACGGGUACGGCUAUGCUGUCGGCCAAACCAGCCACAACGCCGCCCCGUCUGCGGCCGCGGCCGCACCAGCGUCCUCCCGAGGAGUCGAUCCGUACCAGCAGGAACCUGCUGGCGUCGACAACACUCAAUACGCCAAGUUCUGCAUGUCCCCUGGCUGCAGCAACAUUGCCCGGACCAAAGGCAUGUGCAAGGUGCACGGCGGUGGCCGUCGGUGCAAAGUCGACGGCUGCAUGAAGAGCGCUCAAACCGGCCACCUGUGCAUAGCCCACGGCGGUGGGAAGCCGUGUCGCAUGGACGGAUGCCCCAAGACAGCGCAGUCCAGAGGGCUGUGCAAGCAGCACGGUGGCGGCGUUCGCUGCAAGUUUGACGGGUGCACAAAGAGCUGCCAAAGCGGGGGCUACUGCCGGGGCCACGGCGGCGGCAAGCGGUGUGAGUUUGCCCAGUGCAAGAAGUGGGCGCAGCGUAAUGGAUUCUGCGCCAAGCACGCGCAAGAAAUGACCACGUAACCCACCCCCACAACAUUUAGACGAUCAGUUAAGUAGUACUGUAGUAUAGCAGUAGUAAGUAGUAGUACAUAGCAAACGGCUUGAAGAAAAUGAAUUCGUCGAAACGUCC